AUGGCUGCUAUGGACUAUAACAUCUCUAAAAUUACUCCGUUAUUGUUGAUAUAUAGAUAUCAUGGGGAGUGGGAAUCAUUAACAAAUAAUGUUUAAAAUUACCUUUCUAUAAUAGCCAUUUAAUAUUUAGAAUAGACAAAAGGGGAAACAUUUAUAUAAUUUAAUCCUCAACAAGAUUUGACACAGAACGAGCUGUCCCUUGCUAAAAUAGGUUCCUUUAAUAUCAUUUUUCUUGAUCCUAUUUACUUUGAUGAAAAAUUAGUUGUAGGCUUAUCCAAUAUCACUGAUAUGAAUGAGACGACCUUGUCGUGGCAUGGGAAAACAGAUUUUGUAUACUAUAAAUAUUAUAAAGAAAAAGGAGGAUACCCCAAUGUCUCAUGCGAAAUCGAAUACGACAUAUAAUUAAACUAUAACGAAGACGAAGUAGAUUCCAAGAAAAUCGAUAUUACCAUCUAAUUAAGAAAUGAAGUCAGCGAUAAUAAAGAAUGCAACAUCCAAUUGAUUUCUCAAUACCAGCUUUACUAAUCAAACCACUAUAAAUAAAUAUUGUUUUACAGUGUGAUGCUAAAUAUACUAUGUGCAAUACAAUACUUUUGCGUAACUAAAAUAAUAGAUAGUGUUGUAAGGGAUGACGAGAAUUCAAUAGUCUAAAGAAUCUCUAUUUUCUGCGUGGGCUUCGUGACGAUUUAUGAUACAUUCCUAGCAAUUAAAAACUUGAGCUUUGCUUUUGGGGAAGCUUAUUUCCCAUACUUCAUUUUUCCUUCCUUUUUCUUCUUUAUGCUUACUAUGAAUUGUGAUCUCAAGCUAUUAUGGAUCAUUUGCAGAAUACGAUUCUAAGAUUAAUUCUUGGAUUAGUAAAGUUAAAGACAAUUUCUAACGAAAUUCUUCAUUAUUUAUUGUAUGAAAUUGAUUUAUUAAUUUUAAUUAGAUGUUUCAGUCCUAACAUUGUUUUUGUUGUUGCAAGAAUAUGAAUUGUAUAACUCAUUCUUACUGGUAAUUGGAUUCUUCAUGACUCCUCAAAUAAUCCAUAACAUUAGAUAAGGAAUUAAUCCAAAAUUCAUACCAGAGUAUAUUUUUGGAUUUUUAUCUAUAAAUAUUGCUGUUCCUUUAUACUUCAGAGGAUAUCCCAAUAACUUUAGAAGAUUAAAGCCAUCACCUGAAUUUUGUGUUUGCUUGGUUUUGAUUUAUUUGAUCUAAAUUUUGAUCCUAUAUUUGCAAUACAAAAAGGGUCCUCGCAAGAUUAUACCAAAGUGUUUAUUACCAAAAUAAUACAACUACUAUUAGGAUUAUAAAACCUAGGAACUUGAGGAUUGUGCAAUAUGUUUGUUACAUCUAAUGAUUGAGCCUGAUUAAUAAGAAUAAGAUUUAGACAGAAUGUUGGUUAGUAAAUUGUUGAUGAUUACACCCUGUGGACAUAAAUUCCAUCCUUCAUGCCUAAAAAGUUGGAUGGAAGUAAAAUUAUCUUGUCCUACUUGCAGAAAUACUAUUCCUCCAAUGUGUGAAUGA